AUGAGCACCCGCUGCGAUUUGAGUCUUUCUCAGAUAGAAUCCGCGGAGCUUGUGGAUAUUAGGGCUGAGUUAAUACAACUUCGGGCUUCAGGCCAACAAGGUGCGAACGUAGUCGGCAAUGUAUCAGAGACGGCGCGUGCGCGUGCCGAAGCUGCACAGCUUGCGCGAGAAAAUGCUGCCUUACGAGAGACAGUGCUUGCAUUACAUUCCGAACUUUUUGGUGCUAGGUUAGCUACUAAAUAUCUGGAUAAGGAGUUAGCGGGACGGAUACAGCAGUUACAGUUAUUGGGAAGUGACAUGCGCGCCGAACUAAGAGAUUCUUUGUGGGCUCAGGUGGAAGCAGAAAUCCUUCUCCAACGCCACAAGACGUUGGUCCGCGUGUGCCGCGGGCUGGCGCCGCGCGCGCCGCGCCCGCCCGCCGCGCACGCGCCGCCCGCGCCGCGCACCGUGCGCGUGCGGCGCUCCCCGCACCUGGGGCUCGGCAUCUCGGUUACGGGUGGUCGAGAACACGGAGUACCUAUUCUUAUAUCAGAGUUGGAGGCGGGCGGGCCCGCCGCGCUCACCGGUCAGUUGUAUGUGGGCGACGCCAUUUUAGCCAUCAACGACCUAGAUCUUACUCAGGCUUGCCAUAAGGAAGCAGUUCAAGCAUUGCAGAGUGUAAAAGGAGAUUGCGCCCUUUGUGUUCAAUUUAUUGCUACAGACGACGAUGAUCGUCUUUCUGAAGAUAAUUACAGGUUCCCCCUGUACCCGGAGGACGGGGAGGGCUUCGUGGAGCCGGACGCGUCGGGCGCUACGCCCACCGCGCCGCGCACACCCGAGUAUAAUCACCACAAUGCAUCAGGCAGUGAAUGCGAUGAAGAGAACUCGUGCGACGAGCCUGUGUACGACCCGCACCGUGCCUGUCUACAUAACGAUGGUGGGCCUGCAUAUGGACCUGACAGAUUGUAUGGACCGCGGGAUGAAAGGAUCUAUGGACCACACGAAGAGAACACCUCGUACACCCAAGACAGAUUGUACGAACGCCGCGAUGAGAAUGGACCUUAUGUAGAAAAGUAUGGACCCCGAGAGGAAAACGGUCCAUAUGUUCAGGAAAGAACGUACGUUCGUAAUGAUAGGGAAGGUAUCGGCAGCACUGGCGGAGGAAGCGUCACGCACUAUGCGGAUUACAACAAUAUAAAUAAUCUAUCCAUACUCGAUAUGGAUGACGAUUCCAUUAAGAUAGAAGCUCGACUAGAGAUGGCGGGCGCGGCGUCGCUGUCCACGUCGGCGCGCUCCACGCCCGUGCACACGCGCAACUCGCUCAAGAAGAAGCGCAAGCCCCAGGACUGGCGGACGAAGGGCGCGUAUUGCGCGGUGUCGGACGCGCAGUCGUCGGACGAGCCGCUGCGCUCGCCGCGCCUCGCGCCCGCGCGCGCCGCCCCUCCGAUAAACGAUAAUAAGGAGCCACCACCGUCUGGGUAUCUCCCGAUUUCGAUCCCCUCCCCGGCCAGCGAGACGUCAUGCGCGCUCGUCAACGUCACGCCGGCCGCGACGUCCGCCGCGGCGACGCCCGUCACAGCGACCCCCGUCAUGGCGGCCACCGUGACGCCAACUGUCACGGCGGGCGUAACGUCAGCGCCGUCAAACAUUACGUCAACCGCGUCAGUGACGAAGCUGCCGGCCCCCGACCUUCAGGCGCGAGAGACGGCGAUGCCGCCGCCGCUUGACGUUUAUCUCAAAAGCAAAGUGAACGGCGAUAGCCGUCCGAGGAAAGAGACUAAAGGCUUCCGGAUAGGGUCGGCGCGGCGCGUGACGGAGGCGCGCAAUGGUGAAGAAGAGCGCGAGCGCAAGGCGCUGCCGCGGCUGCUGCCGGGGCGAGGCGACCCGGACUUUGGCACGCCCGUU